AUGCAUUCGGUGCCGGCUGCUCCUCACGCAAACGACCAUAUUGCUUUAAAUGCCGAUUCCCUUUGCUGCCAGUUCGACGCGAGCUUCAAUCAUCAUACGAUGGCUGCCGCGGUGGGAGCGGUCCUCAUGACGCAUUCCGGUGUAUUCCUUGCGGCUUUUGCAUCACGUCUCCCGGCAUGUUUUUCACCUCUUAUGGCGGAGUCACUCGCGUGCAAGGAAGUUCUAUCGUGGCUCAAGGAUCGUGGUUUGGAUUCGGUUCACUUAUUCACGGAUUGCUCCGUACUACGCUCUCUCUUAAAUUCAGAGCACAGUCAUGUCUAUUCUUAUGUUGGCUUCUCGUUAGAGGCCUCCAAGGCUAUUAUGUCUACUUUUCAUUCUGUUUCAGUUCAUUAUAUCCCGAGAUCCUCUAAUGCUCGGGCUCAUAUUUUAGCUUCUAUAAGUUUUGAUCAGGAGGACCAGAUGUAUUGGGAGGUUAUUCCUCCUAACUCUAUUGCUCAUUUAUUCUAA